AUGGGUCGUUAUACGAUCGAUAACUAUGCGUUCCUUAACCCGUUCGCUGCCACUCCCCGUGCCUUCACUGCUGCGUUCGGCGACCAGCCUUCCCCAAGCACUGUCGCUACAAGCGUCGUUCAGACGACUUCGACUGCUACCAACACUGCGUUUGCGCCUGUUAGGCCUGCGGCGACUACUACAGUCUCUUCCGCCUCUGCCACUAGCACACAGACAAACAUCGCUACUUCCACAUUCCCGGUCACCAGUGCUGUUACACAGACCUUCACUGUCUGCCCGACAUCCAUUCGACCGAGUUCCUCUAGCUCUUCUCCAGCACCCAUUGUGCCAUCUCCCGAGCUCAUCUUCUACAUCUUCUACACCUUCCGCGAUCCCUUCGCCAAGCUCAGCCUCUGUUGUCACCACCACAGUGGUAAGCGUCACUACGGCUACUCCAUCGAGCUCCGCUCCCAUCGUGUCGCCCUCGUCCGCUUCUUCCAGCUCAUCCGCUUCACCGUCUCCUAUCCCAUCGCCCUCUUCAGCCUCCGUCGCUACUACUACCGUCGUAAGUGUGACUACGGUUACUCCGACACCGAGCUCCAUUCCGGCCGCAUCAUCCUCGGCCGCUUCUUCUAG